AUGGGUCCGGAAGCCACAUCUCCAGAAUUCCUAAUCCAGAAUCUCAUCAAAGAUGACACGACACACUGGUUCCUCAAACCCAACCUCCGUCGCCUGUACUUCUGUCUCGUCCCGUUCUGCCUCUUCAUCGAAUCAACCUCGGGUUUCGACUCGUCUAUGAUGAACGGUAUGCAAGCGCUCAGCUACUGGAAAGAGUACUUCAGCCAUCCAAAAGGCGGGCAACUUGGUCUUCUAGUCGCUUGCUACAACCUCGGCGCGCUUACUAGUAUCCCUUUUAUUUCGAUUGUGUCGGACCAUGUUGGGCGUAGAUGGAGUAUUGUGUUUGGGAGUGUGGUGAUGCUUAUUGGGAGUAUUAUGCAGGGGCUGAGCGUAAACUUGGCGAUGUUCGUCUUCUCCCGCAUUUUUCUCGGCCACGGUAUUGUUUACGCCAUCGUCGGCGGUGCUGCUCUUCUUGGAGAGCUUGGGCAUCCUAAGGAAAGAGCGUUCCUUGGAUCUUUGUUCAAUGCUUUUUAUGGGAUCGGGGCAACUAUCGGCGCUGGGAUAGUCGUUCGCACGCUCUUGAUAAAAAAUGAUUGGAGUUGGAGACUGCCUAGUUUACUGCAGGCCUUACCGUCGGUUAUUCAAAUUGCCUUUGCAUUUACGGUACCGGAGAGUCCACGUUGGUUGAUCUCGAAAGAUCGGUCCGAGGAGGCGCUUGAAAUAUUGAUCAAAUAUCAUGCUGAAGGCGAUGCAUCUGCCGAACUUCCCCACGUUGAAUUCGCCGAAAUCCAAAACGCGCUAAAACUCGAAAACGAAUCCCGCCGCCGCGGCUGGGCCGAACUCUUCCAAACCUCGGGGAUGCGUCGUCGCUCCCUAAUCGCUGCCAUGCUAGGUCUCUUCGUACAAUUCUCCGGAAACAAUCUCAUCUCGCAAUACCUCGUCCCUAUCCUCGAAAAAAUCGGCAUCCGCGACUCGCAUACCCAAGUCCGCUACAAUGUUGGUACUCAAGCCUGGGGCUUCGUCAUCGGUAUCAUCAUGGCCAACAUCUCCCCAAGGUUCCCACGACGUAGGAUGUAUCUGCUAUGUGCGUGCAGUUUGGUGGUUGUAUAUACCGUGUGGACGAUUUGCCAGGCUAGGAAUCGGAUUACGGGGAGUAAGGAGAGUGGGUAUGCAGUGUUGGUUAUGAUUUUUUUGUAUAGUCCGGCAUAUUGUUUGGGGUAUAAUGCGCUGACGUAUGUUUAUCUUGUUGAGCUAUUUCCGUACUAUGUUAGGACGAAGGGGUUGAGUUGGUUCCAGCUAUUCGGCCGGACAGCUGUCAUGUUUGGAAGUUUUGUUAAUCCAAUUGGACUUCAAAACGCGGAUUGGAAGUACCUACUGGUGUACGUUUGUUGGUUAGUUCUUGAGGUUGCCUUUAUUUACUUCAUGUUUCCUGAGACCUACGGCAGAACCCUGGAGGAAUUGACGUUCUUGUUUGAAGGUCAGGAGAAGCAGACAGAGCUUCUUCAGCAGGCUCACAAGGUCUUAAAUGACUCGGUGACUGGGAGGCAUGGAGCUCUAUAUAAGAAGGCGUAG